AUGAUUCGCUCAAGUUCUAUAUUAAUGUUGUUGACCUGCGUCGUUUGUUCGUUCUGUGAGAAAGAUUUCGUUUCACUCGGUCGACAUUCAUGGCGAUGUAAACAGCGAGUUAAUUAUGCAGAACAAGAUCACUCUGCCGAAAAUACGGCAAGGCAAACGCCCGUCAUGAAUUCUCCUAAUGUCGUCGUGUCAAGUCGAACCGUAAUCAAGUGUUGCUGUGGUAAAGUAUGUAAAGGAGCGCGAGGAUUAAAGAUGCAUCAACGCAGUUGUAGAGUUAUUCAAGGUCUAGACAGUGAAUUCCGUACAGACCUAGAGGAACAAAACAAUUCUGACACGGAAAAUAUUCCUGAAAUGGACCAAUCGACAAUCAACGAAACUCCUACGGUUGAAAAGGAAGAUAUUGCGAAUUUAAGAAAAGGUAUUAAACUCCCUAAAAGCAAUUCCGAAUGGUCAACGGCCAACGAACAUUUCAAAUUCGCUCUUCAGUCCAAUGAUCCAAUCACAUCACAAGAUUUAAAUUCCAACAUAAAACUGUUAAUUAAUUUAAAUAACAUCAUAUACAAUUACUUCGCCCAAAACUUUGGUUAUAGCGAAUCAGUGCCUGACAAUUCGCUACUAAAUAAAUGUAAGGACUAUGAAAUCAAGGAUUUGUGA